CGCUCGGAUUAGCUGGUGGAGUCAGAGAGCAGUAAAGUAGAUAAGGACAUCCUCACUUCACUUCAAGAUGGACAGUGAAUCUGAUGAGGUCUCCUUAGUAAAGGACCACACCUUGAUCACCAGUACUUCUCAUCAUUCAGAGGUUAAUUUGGACAGGGUCUACAUGGACUACAAUGCUACAACGCCUCUGGAGCCAGAAGUGAUCCGGGUAAUUUCUGAAGCUCUUCAUGAAGCCUGGGGAAAUCCAAGUAGCAGCUAUACUGCAGGUACCAAGGCCAAAUCAAUCAUUAAUCAUUCCAGAGAGAAUGUAGCAAGAAUGGUUGGAGGUAAAGCUGAAGAUAUUAUUUUCACCUCAGGUGGAACAGAGGCCAAUAAUCUUGUGCUCCACACUGCUGUGGAACACUUCAGGAGAAGCUCCAGGGACACAGACCAAGGUGAUCUGCACCAGAAUGGAGGUGCUGGACUUCCGCAUAUUAUCACCUCAAAUGUGGAGCAUGAUUCAGUCAAAUUAGCAGCAGAGCACCUGCAGAGAGAAGGUUUGGCCGAUGUGACAUUUGUGCCAGUCUGUAACAUGACAGCUCGUGUUGAAGUGGAGGAUGUUGUUGCUGUGAUACGGCCUAACACUUGUCUCGUCUCCAUCAUGCUGGCCAACAAUGAGACUGGAGUCAUCAUGCCCAUCCAAGAGAUCUGCCAGAGAAUAAAAUCUCUCAACAAGCAGCAUCAGCGACUCAGGAUCCUCCUCCACACUGACGCUGCCCAGGCUUUGGGCAAAAUCAAAGUAGAUGCCUGUGAGCUGGGUGUGGAUUACCUUACUAUUGUGGGACACAAGUUCUGUGCACCACGGAUUGGCGCCUUGUAUGUGAAUGGACCUGGUGCAAGAACACCAUUAUAUCCCAUGCUGUUUGGUGGUGGACAGGAGCGGAGCUUCAGGCCAGGCACAGAAAACACACCAAUGAUUGCUGGCCUAGGAAUGGCUGCUCAACUGGUGAUGGCUAAUCUGUCAGAAUACGAAUGCCAUAUGCGAAGUACCAGACACUAUUUGGAAGAACGAUUGAAGGCAGUCUUCAAGGAGAAGAUCCGCUUUAACAGCCAUUACCCCAACUCUGAUGUGCUUCCAAACACAUGUAACAUUUCCAUCCUCGGCCCAGCGUUACAAGGCUGGAAGGUUUUGUCCAACUGUAAGAGGUUAUUGGCCAGCGUUGGCGCUGCCUGCCACUCAGACCGUGGAAACAAGCCAUCCCACAUCCUCUUGAACUGCGGCGUUCCCUCAGAUGCAGCAGUGAAUGCCUUGAGGCUGAGCGUGGGCAGGGGAACAUCAAGAGCUGAUGUGGAUGUGGUUGUGGAGGACUUGAGGUGCGCUGUGCAAAUUCUGGAAGAAAUGGCUCGAACGCAUUCAUGUGAAUAAAAAAGUUAUUUCUGUAGUUCAAAUUAGGAUGUACAGAAUUAAAAUCUAUCAUCUAUGGUGGUUGUGGUGUGAACUGAUCAUGUGAAAUGGAUGACAUAUUUAAAAUAAAUAAAGUGGGAAAACUA